AUGACAACAUUGGAACAUCUCUUCGAGGAUAUGGAUCGAUGCCUAGACGAAAUAGAGAGUAGCAAACAACGGCUCUCUGGGGCGAUGUCACAUUUCAAUACAUUAUACGCACUAUAUCGACUCCUGAGGAAGGAGAUGAAAGAUCUACGUAAAGAAGUUGCCCAGCAUCUUUUGAUUUACGACGAGCAUAAAUCUCAUAUAAAUUCAAUUUCUGAUGAGUUAGAAACAUUGGGAGUGCGCAGCACCGCACUGGAGGGUUCGCUGUCUUCUAAGUCGGAAGUGCUGGAUGUGAAACUGUCAGAGAUGCGUACAUCGCAGUCAAAACUAGAGGACAUACUAGAAAACCUCAAGAAACACCAAUGUCAGUAUAACAUAGGGCUACUCAAGAUGCACGAGGCCGAGGUGAUGGCCUCAACUGUCAAAAAAGGAUUCAAAAGGAUAAGUGGUAGAUUAACUCGGCUUCAGGGUAAACUGGAAAGUCGGUGUUUGCACCAUAAGACCGCAUUAAGUGACUUGAACGCUAAAACGGAAGAAAAGGAUGCCGAGAUAUUGUCCGCUCGUUCCCUUCUGGAAGCAGCCAGGGCUGAACUGUCGGCAUGUGGCGAUAGGUUGUCUGCUUUGGAAAAAGAAAAAAAAAGGUUGGACGAUCUCUUAAAUGAUCGAGAAUUUGAUCGUUCAUCUAUAUUUAAAGAGUUCGACGAUCUGGCAUCAGUUCUAUCUUCGUGCCAGAACAAGCUGACAGAAUUGGAUGGUCAUAUCAUGGAAUCUCACGAAUCAAAUAAGAAGUACCUUCAAAACAUUGCAUCCCUCGAGCAAGAAGAGGAUCGUUUGGAUUCUUUGCGAGGAGUGGUUACGUCGGAAGCUCAUGAACUACAAAUGGCACUGGAAGAAUGUAAGGAUCAUCUAGAUUCAUUAAAACGGUCUUUGGAGUCCAUAUCGAAAGAUUUGGAUACGGAUUCGACGGAGUUAGAAAAAUAUUCCACUCUUCGAGGUGAGCUGGAACAGCAGCUUCCAGCGCUUCGUAAGCGAGCAAACGACUGGUUAAAGCGCCUUGAAAGCGCGGAACAGACAUUUCUUGGCAUUACUACAGUGGAGCUAGAGGUUUCGGAGCUUGAUGCCGAGCGUUCUUCUAUUGAAGCUAAAAUGUCGGAAUGGCAAAAUAAAAACGAGACAGUACAGGAGGAACUCACUCGGGCUCAAACCGCUGUGAACGAAUUAGAAGGAUCCAGGUCAUCACUGGCAACCGCUGUGGACAGAGAGACAUCACGAUCUCAACAGUUGAGCAAAGAGCUAGAGGAACUGAACAAGGCAAGUCACUUUCAUCCGCUAGAUAUGCGUUCAGGGUAUCACCCAAUCCCGUAUUCUCCUCGGAGAAUUGAAGGCGAAAUACGCCGCGUAGGUAGCCUCCAGUUCGUUACCAUGGUUUUAGAGAACAGAACGAACGGCAGCUUAGGUUCUCAGAGUUACAACAGUCAGCGCCAUAUGGAUGAAUACAAGGAAAAGCAAAGCGUAAAGAUUUGCGACCUGAAGUCUGCGUUGAAGAGUCAACGUGAAGCCGUAUUACAAAGCAAACGUGAGGAAUGUUCUAACGAGUUGCAGAGGCACACUGCACAACUUCGCUCUGAUCUGGCGGAGCUCGAGCGGUCUAGACAACGGAAACUAGAUGAAGACGAGCGCAUCAUAUCUCAGCUCCAGGCAGAGUUGCAGAAAAUUAGCAAUGAAAUGUAUCGUUCAUACAUCAGCAAACGCAGCGCUGAUGCGAUAAUGCAGGAAGCUUGCAGCCAGUACCAUCGUUUGCUGAGGAAGUAUCGAGGUUAUCUUUCCCGUCACUACCUAAUUGGUCACCUGCAGCAUUACACACAGACCCCGGAUUACUGGACCUUUACUGUGGACAACCUCGUGAUAUGUAUGGGACAGAUGGCUCAUCACUUCGGAGGUCGUAUUCAUGCUGCUGCUAUUGAAGAUUUAAGCACUACUGGUGCCCCUGCUUUUGUUCAGAGCAAUGAAACGCUAAUAAAUGCGUCUGCGGCAUUUUGUUACCCGGGAUGCGUUAAAAUUAAAGCCGUCUACGAAGACUCGGGUUAUAUGUAA